AUGUCUGGUGGUGUGACCCCGCCGGUGCACCAAGACACGGCCCCGCGGCAGCCACAGGGGCACCGGAGCCCCCCCGAGGUGCACCAGGAGCUGGGUGGGGACGCCUGGGCGGCGGGGAAAAGCCCCCGGAGGCCCCAGGGUGGAGCAGAGGCCGUGGGGUGCAGAGGCCCGAUGAGGCCCCCAGACCCCACAAAGACAUUUGGUGGUCCCUGGAUCCCCCAGAGAGGCGCUGUGGCUGCGGGGAGCAGCGCCCGAGGGAAGGGCAGCGCCGAUCCCCUCUCCGGCUUCCUGUGGUGGUGCGGGCGGGCCGGGGUGGAGCUCAGCCCGAAGGUUCGCCUGAGCAGGGAGGGCGCGGUGGCGGGAUACGGCAUGCUGGCUGCCGAGGAGCUGGAGGCGGGCUUCACCAUCCCUCGCGCCGCGCUGCUGUCCCAGCACACCAGCUCCAUCCAGGCCCUCCUGCAGGAAGCCCAGGAGUCCCUGCAGAGCCAGUCCGGUUGGGUGCCUCUCCUGCUGGCCCUGCUACACGAGUACACAGCCAGCAACUCCCACUGGCAGCCUUAUUUCUCCCUCUGGGAGGACUUCAGGAGCCUGGAUCACCCCAUGUUCUGGCCUGAAGAAGAGCAGAGAAGGCUCCUGCAGGGCACAGGCAUCCCAGAAGCAGUGGACAAGGACCUGGCUAACAUCCACCUGGAGUACACCUCCAUCAUCCUGCCUUUCAUGGAGUCCCACCCCAACGUCUUUGACCCCAAGCUGCACACGCUGGAGUUGUACAAGCAGCUGGUGGCAUUUGUCAUGGCCUACAGCUUUCAGGAGCCUCUGGAGGAAGAAGAUGAAGAUGAGAAGGGGCCCAAUCCUCCGAUGAUGGUGCCUGUAGCAGAUAUUUUGAAUCAUGUGGCCAACCACAACGCCAACCUGGAAUACUCUCCCCAAUGUUUACGAAUGGUUACAACACAGCCCGUCGGCAAAGGACAAGAGAUCUUCAACACAUACGGGCAGAUGGCCAACUGGCAGCUCCUACACAUGUAUGGCUUCGCGGAGCCGUACCCUAGCAACACCAACGACACAGCCGACAUCCAGAUGGUGACAGUACGCAAGGCAGCACUGCAGCGUGCCAAAAGCGAAGCACAGCAGCGGCUGGUCUCAGAGCAGUGGGACUUCUUGUGCCAGCUGGAGAUGGUGGGGGAGGAAGGCGCCUUUGUGCUUGGCUGGGAUGAGGUGCUGACAGAGGAAGAGCUGUCCACGACCCUGAAGGUGCUGUGCAUGUCAGAAGAAGAAUUCAAGGAGUAUAAGGAACAAGAUGGCUGGGAAGACGACAGUGAGGAAGAGGAAAACUCUACCCUUUCUAAUGAGGCUCUCUCCAGACUUAAAACCCCUUGCAAGAAGCUCCUUUAUGACAGUGUGCUGCUGACCCUGGAGUCUUACAGGUCAGACUUGAAAGCGGAGCAGGACUUGCUAAAUAACAAGGAGGCUUAUGAGAAACUGAGUCGAAGGGAGCAGCAAGCUUUGCAUGUGCGCUAUGGACAGAAAAGGAUCUUGCAUCAGCUGCUAGAGCUGGUACACUAGAAACCUCGCUGCUGCUGGAAAUGAACUGCCUGGAACCGUGCUCAGGAGGGGAAGGUCAGCCUUUGGCCAUCUCUUCUACAGCAGCGAGAACAGAUGGCAAGAUUGAAUACGGGCCCACUUGUCCCUCAUAUGGCACGUGGCUUUUUAGCUACCUCUGCAUAAACAAAAAUAUCUUCCACAGCACAG